GGUUAGAGAUUACAGGAAAAUAAAAAGACUUGUAAUACAGCACUUUCGGGUGUGGGGCCCUUGCACGAGUUUGAGAGAUCUCUGGUCUGAGAGGUUGCAGCCCAGCUAUACAUGUCUACAGCUCACCUACCGCUCAUCUCACAAGUAAUAAUAAUAAUCCUUUAUAGUAUCUUCAAGAUCAGCUAUUUUAGAAUCAUUUGGAGAGAAGAUGAUGUCCGGCCUGUGGUUCUUUACAGCGUUCUGUACGUGUGGCGUCUGUCUUGUUACGUGUGAAAUCGCUUGUCGCAACGAAGAUGGAGAUCCCGUAGACUGGUUUGUGGUUUAUAAGUUGCCAAAGCUUCUGAUCAACGAGACGUAUGGAUCCGGACUGGACUAUUUGUAUCUCGACUCAAAGUCAAAGGGAUGGCAAGUCAGCAAAUUCCUGAUCAACAUGACCCAGGGAGCGAUGGGGCACGUUCUGCAGCAACUCUAUCAGUCAUAUAACAGAAACGACACUGCAUACAUGCUAUAUAAUGAUUCUCCACCAGACAUGAACGGCUCUUUCACAAAAAGGGGGCACUCAAAGGGAGCUCUACUUUUUGACAGCUAUCAGGGAUUCUGGCUUGUACACACGGUGCCACAUUUCCCACCAUUUCCAGAACGGGGCUUCGGAUAUCCUAACACUGGAAGACUAUAUGGUCAAGUCGCCUUUUGUGUGACUUUCAGAUAUGACCAGUUUAAACAGAUUGCCGCUCAGUUGUUGUAUUACAAUCCAAAUGUGUACAACUGUUCCAUCCCUGAUAUCUAUCAAAAAGAUCUGUGGGGCUUGUACAGCAUUUGUCAAGACCUGCGGUUCCCUUGGAUAGAGACUACAAGACUUGCUACGCUGGAAUCAGCCCAAGGAGAACACUUCCUGAACUUUGCGAAAUCUAAAUACUUUCAAGAUGAUAUCUUCACAGCCUGGAUGGCGCAAAAAUUGCAGACGGAUUUAUUAACGGAAACAUGGUGCCCACAAGGAACAGAGGUUCCUUCAAACUGUUCUCUGGCCUGGCAUGUAUACACCAUCAAAAGAGUCACCUUACAGAACCACUCCUUCUACUCCCGCUUUGAUCACUCGAAAUGGGGCGUCUCCAGGGAGAGUAAAGAUAUGUGGACAUGUAUUGGAGACUUGAACCGAUACCCACAGCAGAUAUGGAGAAGCGGAGGCUUUUUCUGUACCCAAAACAAGCUCAUAUAUACGGCAUUUAGGAAUAUAGUGGUAUAUUAUAGUGACUGUGGAAAAUACGUUCUUCAUUGAGCAUUUGUUGGGAACAGUGGACUCUGCAUUAGUUGUAUGAUUUUGGUCACUGCACAAUCGUAAGGCUAAGUUCUACUUGUUUUUUGGGGGGGGGGGAAAACGCCAAGAAAAACACCAAUUCUGCCGCAUGGCGUUUUUUCGGCCAAAAAACGCUGCGGCCAGAUGUUAGCUGUAAAUCAAUGAGAAAUUGCAAAAUUCUUAUUUCACUUGGCGUUUUUUACUUUGGCGUUUUUUAAAUCCUUUUGGCGUUUUUUUCACUCUUUUUUGGCGGGUUUUCAGCUCCUUGGCCGUUUUCCAAAAUUGCAGCAUGUUGAGCCACAGGCAAUUUUUUUUGUCAAAAUCGUGGCGUUUUUCUCCCAUAGAAGUCUAUGAGAGUGAAAAAACGCCAAGAAAAACGAUAUGUGGGUUUUAACUUUGGCAUUGCAGGUGGUUCUUAUUCUUUUUUGGACUUUAGAGAUCCAAAAAAGUGAUGGAGACACCUUUUUUUAAUAAAAUUUCGUAGGGAACCAUUAAAA